AUGAAGACCCCUGUCCUAGAGUGUCUCAUCACAGCCUAUGAAGCAGGACUUAAAGUCAACCUGGACAACAUAAGGAUGCACGAACUGCCGAUGGAAGGAGAGGUCCUUGAGUUGCUUCCAGGUUUCCAUGCACCGACUGGGAGUGACUCAACAUCAUACAUUUCAGGACACACGAAGAAAUCCUGCAGGAAUGUGUUUAGACAGCACAGCCAUUUACUCAAGGGGCUUGGUGAAGGUCCUGAGCUUAGUGACUCCACCAUCAUGGAUGCAAACGUGUUUUUCUGCAAAUUAUAUAGUGCAAACAACACAAACAACGUCAAUGAAGUCCGUUUGGGCAUGUUUUUCGAGGGCAUGACCAUAAAGAGACAGCCACCCACCAGAGAUGCUCUGAAAUUGCACAUUCAGUGUGUUGAUUUCCAGACUUUGGUCUGGCGGCAGGCCCACUUGCAGUACCCGGUGCUGCCACCACCAGAAUAUGGGAUGGAAGAUGGAGUACGUCGUGCUUGUUCCUGA